UUGUUUCGUUUUAGAUUGAACACCUUUAAUCAUUAGAACCAAUGCAUGAGCAGCAAUGUUUUUAGUUUUUCUGUCUCCAAAAUUUCCAAAGCCAAUAAUUUCAUUUUUGUCAAAGUAAAGCCAGGUAAAACCAGGUGACAAAGCUACCUCAUCAAAUAAAAGAUUAUACAACCUUUUCUCAAGGGGAUGUUUUCUGACAGUUGCUCUUAAAUGAUGAAUAAUUUCUUUAUUAACUCCUGGUUUUAUAUUGAAAGCACUCAAGUGACAUUGAAGUAUUCGUUUACCACUAAUUUCUUUAAAAAAUUGUAACCCUUCUGGCUUUGUUUAAAAAUGGAUGCUGCCAUAAUUUUUUCUUCAAGCGUUAAUUUCUUUACCUUUGCCUUUAGUUUAGAUUUCAAUCGCAUAGUCAUUGAUGUCUUUAGUGAAUCUGGCAUUGUUUCCAUAAGUUGGUAUAGAUAGAAGGUAUAAAUUGUGAUAAUUUCAUAUUUAGUAAUGAUCUUUUCAUUUUUAAAAAACCAGUCAAGUGCGAAUUGGCCUUGUACGCCGUGGAUUCCGUAUAUUUCUUGGACUUAUUAAAAGUUAUUUAACUAUUCAUCAAUCCCAAGUAUUUCUCCCUUCACAAACUUCCGAGAUAAGGAAAGGGGGAUGGUAGUUUUUUUGAUAGUUUAAUCACAUCAUCAAUCACAAACUACAUGAUAAUAAUCACAUAAUAAAUAAAAAUCUGUUUUGAAAUGUGCAAAUGUAGCCCUUUAUAUACCUCACAUGCCCUAGUAGUAUCAGUUUGAAAUUUUGAAAUCAAUUUUUAAAAUUAUUCUAAAUAUUAAGCCUAUAAGCAUUUGCAGUUACUGAAAUGUACCGCUGCGACAUACAGAUGAAGUAGCAACAUAAGGAUUUAUUAUGCACUUCAUUACAGGCAAAAUAUGAUAAACUAUUAAACCAGCUGAAAACGGUAACAAGACAAACAAACACAAACAGCAAGAAAUAAAUUUCACCUAACACUAAACAACUACUGCAGGAACGUAACGUAACGUAACGAAACUUUUACAACAAAGAGAAAAUAACGAUAACCGUAAAAAAAUAACAGAAAUAAGCAAAACGAUUAGUGAACAACUUCGGAAAGAAAGGAAAACCAAACGGUUAACUACUAUACAAAACUAUAUACAAAAAACAGGAGGAAUAAAAAAGGCAUGGAAGAAAUUAAAUGUAAAAAAAAGAUUGGAUACUAAAUAUGAAAACGCACGAUAGGAAAACUACAAGUAAUAGAUCCGAAAUACUAAAAGUUGCUACUAAAUUUUAUCGGAAAUUAUAUCAAAGUCAAACAGUGGAACAAGCAGUAAUAGGAUACGAUACACAAACUGACGAAGAACGAAUACCUGAAAUAUUAAAAGAAGAAACUGUCAAAGCAAUUAGUUCACAAAAAGCUGAUAGAAUACCCGGACCAGACCUCAUUACAAAUGAACUAUUAAAAUAUUAUAUUACUUUGUAAUGCAAUAUAAAAAAUAUAUAUAAAAUUAUAGAAAAAAAAACACUCCCUGUGAAAAAAACAACUUAUUACCUAUCUUGCAUAAACACUAAGAAGGUCCUAGACACAGUUCUUGGAGUUUUUCACGCGGUGUCCUGCGUGAGCGACGAACGCGACGCAACGCGACGCAACACGGCGCGACGUAAUGCGACGCGAUGCUAUACGCGACAAAUGUCCUACGUGAUUUUGGUCAUUACUUCUCGAAUCAUGGAGAAAUACAGUACAGUUUUGCUUGAAAGUUCAUAUUUAAAGUACAGACUUUUAAAAAAAUAUCGUAAAAAACACAGAAAGAAAACAAAUAUAAUAUUUUUACAAAGAAACACAUUUGGCGAGUUCCAUCAUUUAUAUCCAAAAUUAAGAAACGAUUCUAAAAUGUUUAAACAAUAUUGUGGAGUGUUACCGUCUACUUUCGAUUACAUUAUUGCUUAUAUUAAGUCUGAAUUUCAAUUAAAAACAACAAAUUUUCAAAAACCUAUUUCUAUUGAAGAAAGAUUACUCUUGACAUUGCGAUAUUUGGUUACUGGAACACCAUAUAGAAAGUUAUCAUUCAAUUUCCGUAUAUCAAAACCUGCCAUUUCAAACAUAGUGAAAGAAGUGUGUACUGCAAUUUGGAAGACUUUAGUAAUAAAACAUAUGCCUAUACCUACAACGGAACUGUGGAAAAGUAUCGCAAAAGAUUUCUGGGAGAAAUGGCAAUUUCCUAAUUGCAUUGGUAGCCUUGAUGGCAAACACGUACGUAUUAAGAAACCAAAAAAAUCUGGUUCUAUGUACUACAAUUAUAAGGGAUUUUUCUCUAUUGUAUUACUAGCCUUAACUGAUGCUAACUAUAAAUUUAUAAUGGUUGAUAUUGGGGCCUAUGGAAAAGAUAACGACGCUGGAGUUUUUGACGCAUGUACUUUAAGACAAGCAAUAGAACAUCAAAAAUUACAAAUACCGGAACCCGACUUUUUACCUAAUACCCUCAUUAAAGCGCCUUUUGUAUUUGUGGGUGAUGCUGCAUUCCCAUUAAAAACAUACCUUCUGAAGCCUUAUGCACAAAAAAAUGUCAGUGAGGGAGAUAUUAAAGAGCGGUUCAACUAUAGAUUGUCUCGAGCGAGGAUGGUCGUUGAGUGUUCUUUUGGUUCAAUAGCGUCAAGAUUUGGAUUACUUAAUACGCCAAUUGAGACAGAUAUUGAAAAUACAAUUAACACUAUAAAAGCUAUAACUCUACUUCACAAUAUAAUACGUGAUCUUGAGAGUAAUUGCGAAAAUUUGACGUCAACUUCAUCCCCUGAUCUUCGAAGAUCAAGAAGAUAUAAUGCCUCAAGUCAAGCAGCCAUACAUACAAGAGAGACAUUCGCGAAUUAUUUUAAUGAACAUUGAAGGUUUCGUCACUUAGCGGAAGUGGCAGGCCAGAACAACAGCCAGCCACCUAACGAUUAACAAAAUGAUUGCAAGAGUAAAUUACUAAACUUAAUAAUAAUGUAAAUAAAACUUACCUAUGCAUUCUACUGCUUCGGCAACAUUCUUCCAACAUCUUUGUACUAAUAAACGAUUCCUAUAAU